AAAUCCAAUAGAAUGAAGUUAAUUGUAAUUUUCUACCUCCAAUUUUAGACAAAUGCAUUGGUUCCCUACUGAGUCUCAGGACUUCGAAGACUCAAAACACAUUUUCCGAUUCACUCUCAUCUCCUACCUGAACUAUUGAUCCUUCGCUAGAAUAUAUUCUUGGAGUUCUGCAACUAAGUUCUAUCAACACUUUGGUAAAACUCAUUCUCGGAGUUCUGCAACGGCCAUUGCUUUGGUGAUACUUGGCUGCAGGUUCUAAGAAGGGAAGCUGAUUGGUUCACAAGACAUGUUUGAUUCAAGCUACAGUUUAUCAAGCUGGAGCGUUGGGUUCCAGUUAGGCACACCAUGUUUUUGGGAAGAAGUCAGCAUAUUAGUCCAACUAGGGGUUCUAGGAAGCAUUUUGAUCUGCUUCAUGAAGAAAAGAUGUGCACAUGGAUCACGAAGUAUAGAGGAAGGUGUAGGAAAAUACCCCAGCAGCAUCAGACUUGGCUUUGUCUACAAAUCUGCGUUAGUUUGUUCUGUUUUAAUAGCAGGAACUCAUAUCUUGAUGCUUUGGAUGAUUUUAAACGGAUACGACGCCCUCUGCAAAUCGAAAAACUCAGUUCUCUGUAAAGAAAUUCUGUUAGAGAUAUCAUGCCUAAUCACAUUACUUCUGGUUUUGAAUCUUCGUCACUCAAGGUCCUUGAAGCUACCAAGGGUUCUAAGAGUCUGGUGGAUCUUAAGCUUCAUAUUAUCUAUUGUCCAUACAACUCUUUAUACAAGUUAUAUUCACACAAACCAUAGAUCCCUAACCAUAGUGUAUUACGUCAACUUCGUCAGCUUAAUUUCCUCAACAUACUUGGUAGGAAUUUCAAUUAACGGGGCAACUGGCAUUAGCUUCAUCACCAAUAGCACCACAGAGUCACUACUGAACAAACUUGAAAAUCAUUCUGAUGGAAAGAAGGAAAAGGAAUCACCUUAUCAAAGAGCUACACUUCUCCAACUCAUCACUUUCUCUUGGCUUAGUCCAUUAUUCAAAGUUGGGUACAAGAAACCACUCGAACAAGAAGAUGUCCCAGGCAUCCACAUCAAGGACUCUGCUGAAUUCCUCUCCCAUUCAUUUAACAACAUUCUAAAACAAGUCAAGGAGACAAAAAACACCAGGAGUCCAUCAAUUUACAUGGCUAUCUUUCUGUUCAUCAGGAAAAAAGCAGCAAUUAACGCAUUUUUCGCAGUAAUCAAUGCUGGAGCAUCAUAUGUUGGUCCAUACUUGAUCAAUGACUUUGUGGCCUUUUUAACUCAGAAGAAACACUACAGCUUAAAGACUGGUUAUAUUAUUGUACUAGCAUUCAUAAGUGCCAAAACGGUUGAAGUGAUUGCAGAUAGGCAAUGGGUUUUCGGGGCUCGCCAACUAGGCAUGAAUCUGAAAGGAGUCCUUAUAACCCACAUAUAUAAGAAGGGUCUUCAUCUGUCAAAUCAGUCCAGGCAAAGCCACACUAGCGGAGAGAUUAUUAAUCUAAUGAGUGUAGAUAUUCAGAGAAUUACGGAAUUCAUCUGGUACAUGAAUAUAAUCGGGAUGCUGCCGAUCCAAAUUUCACUAGCCACCUGUAUCCUAUAUUUGAAUUUGGGUCUUAGCUCAUAUGCAGGAUUAGCCGCAACAUUAAUGGUGAUGUUAUGCACUAUACCUCUUCAAAGAAUCCAGAAACGGUUGCAGUCAAGGAUCAUGGAAGCGAAGGACGAAAGAAUGAAUUGCUUCUUUCGGUUUGGCUUAAAAGAAAAGAAAACCAUAUGUUAAUCUUGUCUCGGUAAGAUCUCGAUUGCAUCUCAACAGAAUCAUGGUGAUCUCGGUGAGUUUCUAUGCGUGAUGUGCUUUAUCCCAUGUAGUGUCGUGUCGUACUUUAUCGCAUGUUAUAUCGUGAUGUGCCCAGAUUUUAACGUGCUAUGCCGCUUUAUAAUCAUGGCAGCAUGACACACUUUAGGCCUCUAACACUUUAGUCCAACGGGAAAAUGUAACAUUACUUUUAGACCGUUGGAGCAUGGAAUAAUUCUAGACCGAUGGACAUUUCUCACGAAAAUCUCACGACAGAAAAUCUUGCGGUGAUUUUGCAAUAACUUUAUCACGGAGACAGUAAAAUUUGAAUUUAAGUACUUUGGUUUAAUUACACGACCUUGUCGGGUGGGCUAUGGAAACAUGUGUCGUUUGUUUAUUUAUAUCAACAACUAUUUGGUCGUACACUGUAUACCUAGGAGACACCGAAUGUUAACUAGGAAUUGGAGUCCACUUUUGGCAUCGAUCGUGAUGUGCUUAGUUCGUUCUACCUUAUGGUGGAAAAUUCCGAGAAGAAUCCCAUGAAUUUUCUUUGGACAACUGUUUAAAUAUGCACCAAAUCACAUUAUGACACAUGAUUAUAUGGACUUGGAUUUAAACCGGUAACCCUCAUAUUUUAAUACCUCAUUGCUCGGUUCAUUUUCUACUGAGUUAUUGAAUAAACAUUAAACUCAAGAAGACAAUGAAGCACAUUUUCUGGGUCCUGACAGGCUCAUGUGCAAAUGUACUUUUAGGCCGUUGGAGGCAAAGCCGGCCAGAUUUAGCAGUAAGUUGUUUUUGUAUUGGGUAAUGAUUUUGUAUUUGUUUUGUUGUUCCAUAGUUGAAGCUAUCCGAUGUUAAUUUUUCGGAAAUUUACAAGGUAACUUGGUGUGAAUCUUCAUCUGAAUUCAACUUGGAGGCGAUUUUCUAUCAUCUUAAAGCCAUAAAGGCAACAUCUCUUUACAUCCAUCAAAUAUGUUAAUGAAAUUUAAAUUGAUUUUUUGUGGGGUUUUUUUUUCAUGAAAUUAUUGAAACCCAACGAUUCUGAAUUGAUUUUUUGUGGGUUUCUUGUUCUUCUAAUUGAAUUCAGCUUCGAUUAUACCAUACAUAUAUUUGUUUCUGUGGUUGUUGAUUAUCAUAUAGAGGAGUUGAACCAAUUUGAAAACCUUACAUCAGUUUUGCAUAAGUUGCCAAAUUUGCCUGCUCUUAGUAUUUGAUCUUUUACAGAAACUUAUACCUAACUUUGAAGUACAACCAUUGCCUGAACAAAUCAUGUCAGACAAGGGUUCUAGUUGAGUCGUAGAAUAUGAUUACUGAACUGUAUAAGUGUACGUUCAUGCAGUUGUGCAAAAGUGCAUGGCGUCAUGUCCUAUUGAUUUAAUCGGAGCAACAUUCAGUACUCCAGCCACAUCGUAUAACAAACUUGCAAUCCGAGCGUAAUUAGCUUGGGUGUUUAUAAUCAAUUAUCUUGUUGUGCCAAUACCUGAAAAUGCCAUCAUCCUCAUCUUGUGCUGUUCUUCAUCAUCGCCUUGGCCUCAUACGUGCAUUACCAAAGUUGUCUUCAUCAGUAUUUCAACUCAUUGGCCCUCCUGAAAUUCAUGAAACCCCUUUUGUUCCACAACCACAACCACCACAAAAACCACCUCCAACAACAACUCCAUCAAGUAGUCCAAGUUAUCCAACACCUGCAUGUCCUUUCAUGGAUCUGUUGAUUAAAAAUUUCAACAAACCACUGAAACGAAGUACUUCCUUAAAAGGAUAUACAGAGAAUGGCUCGCCCACUUACUUAUCUAGUGGAAACCCAUUGCUUGAUUUCUUCUUCCAUGUUGUUCCAGACACACCAUCUGAAUGUGUGAUCAAAAGGCUAGAAUUGGCUUGGGAUUAUGACUCAUUAAAAACACUGAAGUUGAUAUGCAACUUGAGAGGUGUCAGAGGGACUGGAAAAUCAGAUAAACAGGGUUUUUAUGCAUCGGCAUUGUGGCUUUAUAAGCAUCACCCUAAAACCUUAGCUGCUAAUGUCAAGUCAUUUGCGGAAUUUGGUUACUUCAAAGAUUUACCAGAGAUUCUUCUCAGAAUAACCGAACAAGGUCAGGAAGAGGAGGAGAAAAAGAUUUGGGUUACGAAGCAAAAGAUGUGAUGCACUUUUAAAACCUGGAAAGAGGAAAUGGUUUUUAUACAGAAAACACCACGAGAAGAAAGGAUACAAGAAGACAUGAAAAGAGGUGAGAUGGUGAAAGAAAAAAUGAGAAUGUUACGAAAUGAAAGGGGAAUCAAGAAGGCGCUAAGAGUAAUCGAGAGGUACAACGGGGAUGAAGAUUAUAGAUUGGUGCAUGACCAGAUCUCUCAAGUAUUUGCUGAAUAUUUAGUUGCAGAUUUGAAAAUUCUGAAUGCUGGUAAUUCUUAUGGGAUUCGUUUUGCUGCAAAGUGGUGUCCGUCUCUAUAUCUGUGUUAUGAUCAAGCGACACUGUUGUGUGAAAGCAUUGCAAGAAGAAUUUUCCCUCGUGAAGCGUAUCAAGAGUAUGAAAACAUUGAUGAAGCACAUUAUGCUUACAGAAUACGUGACUUAGGAAAGAAGUCUUAGUCCCCCUCCGCAAUGCUUUGGAAUUACCUGAAGUUUUGUUGAGAUUAUUAAUCCCACAUGGUUGGGUUAUUUAAGAUCCUGCGGUUUAUAAUCUAUUAGGGCUUUUCCACUCAUUGCCAAUUGGUUUUGAGUUGGAUGCCCGCAGACUUUAAUAUGGUAUCAGAGCAGGCUAAUACAAGAAAAGAUCAUGAUCCGACAGUUUCCUGUAUCAUACCCCUUGCAGUCAUACGUUUCAGCAGAGCAUUGACGUAGCUAAGGAAUGGGAGACGGAUUAUCAGGUGAUACAGAAUAAGUUCCGAGAAAAUGGAUACAUGAAUGUGCCCGAAAUUGUGUUCUGGAACCUGCGUGAAUCUAAAGCAACUCCAGUUUUGAGUCAACCAGAGGGUGUGGCAAUGGUUAGUGGGUUUUCGAAGAAUAUGCUGAAAGUGUUUCUGGAGGAUUCUGAUUUUUGCAAAUUUACACCUUUAAGUGUAAUGGAAAAGGCAAUCUCUGGAUAGGAGUACAAUAAACUUGUCGUAGUUGAUUAAUUAUAUCGACUCGUUCUUGUUAUAGUGAACUU